AUGGCUGAGGCGACGCAAACGCUAUCGCUCGAAGAUGAUGCGAUACACGAACCCGGAGAUGAGGUCUGGAUGGGCCACUCUAUUAUUCCUCGCGAUGUUGCCUGUUGCGAGACUACGGUCAAUCUUCCAUCAUUUCCUAUCUCUGCUGCUGCAGGUAGCGAUAUCAAGAAAAGCGCGUUCGUAGUAAACGACCUGACCAAGCACCCGGACUUAUCUACGAGGCCAUACGUCACCGACUUUCCCAAUGGUCGUUUCUAUGCCGGUGUGCCCAUAACUACGCCAUCUGGCAUCAAUAUUGGCGCAUACUGCAUUCUCGACGACAAAGUCCGAAAUGGGGUUUCGGACAGAGAUCUCAUCUUUCUGCGCGACAUGUCGAAAACGGUCAUGACCCACCUCGAGGCUGUGCGUGCUCUUGCUGAGCGGCAGCAAACCAAUCGUAUGGUGGCUGGACUUGGUGACUUUGUGCGUGGUGGGGCUUCGGAUGCGGGUCGUACAGCGCCGUCAGCAACCAAUACACCUCCGAAAGAGGUUGGUGUAGAAGCCCAAGAUACCCACGCUGUAGAGUAUCGCCUGCCCGAUGCAUUGGUUGAUGCUACGGGAACGCCUGCCACGCCGUCUUCGCAGUCGUUAACGGACUACUUUGUUACUCAGCAUCAACCAAGCCCACUGGCAAGCCAUGCUGAAGCACUUGAAAAGGAUGCUGUUUCUCUACGACAAUCAAGCGAAUACAGCGGAAUCUCUUCCCCAAAUCAUCAGAAACAUGAUUUACCCGAUCGAUCGGUGCGGACAGAUUCUGGAAAUAUACCAAGUUUUACUGCUUCUCCAAUAGAAACCUCGACGGUUCGUCCACUGCCUCGUCCGCGAGAGAGCGCUGAUGAUCCAAAGAGUACGUAUCAACGUGCUGCUGAAAUUCUUUGUCAAUCGCUCAACAUUGAUGGAGUUGCCUUUCUCGACGCGUCCGUCCGAGUAUUUGGCGGGUUGAGCAAUGACCAAGAUGCUGAGUCUGUCGAAGGCAGUACUGCUGAGAGCGGCGAUUCUACAGGCACCUUUUCACAUUCAGAGUCUGCAGCUGAGCCACGAGUCGAGCGCGCAAAAGUCUGUCAGGUGUUGGGUUGUGCACAAACUGUGCGUGACGAUAUGCCGGGCAUGAAUCGUCCCAAAAGUCUGCCUCCCAAAAAGUUGACGGAACUGUUCUUACGUAAGCUUAUGAAUCGUAAUCCGCACGGAAAAGUCUGGACUUUUGAUGAGCACCUCAAAACGCAUUCUGAAGAUGGCUUUUCUUCGGACGAAUCUGGCACCGGUAUCGACGCUGCUGCAGCGCUGUCACCGAGUGUUCAGCAACGGAGGGCCACCCGUAGAGAUCGAAAGAGUGAUGGAGAAAUCUUGCAAGCGGCAUUCCCAGGGGCGCGAUGCAUAGCACUCAGUGGUAUUUGGGAUUAUACGAGAAAACGGUGGGCCGUUGCGGGUCUGUACUGGACUAUUGAUCCGUUCAGGACUUUUGCCAAAGAAACAGAGAUGAAGUUCGUUGCUGCCUUUUGUGACAUCAUCGUUGCUGAAACCAAACGUCUUGAAGUGGUUGGGACCGACAAAGCCAAGUCAGACUUCAUUUCAAGCAUAUCUCACGAGCUCCGCUCCCCGCUGCAUGGUAUUCUUGGAUCAUGCGAGUUAUUGUCGGACCGUGGGCUAGACGAUACAGCAAUGACGUUGCUCGAACAAAUAGAUUCAUGCGGACGCACGUUGCUUGAAAUCAUCGAGCACCUGCUUGAUUUCGCAAAUAUCAAGAGUCGGCGAUUGAGAAAGGGUUCUGUCAAGGGCUCAAAAAUCAGUCGGAAGUUUUUACCACCUACCGGAAGUUCUUUUGCCGAUGAUCUAGAAGCACUACAAAAGAGCGUCGCACUAGAUGCUCUGACCGAAGACACCAUCAUAUCCUCUAUAUACUCAUUUUACUACGGCCAAAGACUCCACAAGGACACUCACCCAUCGGUCAUUCUUGACAUUGACCGUUCUAACGGCAAGGCCUGGACAUGCAGCUUAGCGACAGGCGGCUGGAAGCGGAUUUGCAUAAACCUCGUCACCAACGCACUCAAGUACACUCCUUCUGGUUUCAUUAGGGUCUCUCUAAAGCAAGAGCCCAAGCCAGGAUCACGUCGGCGCUUCAAUGCUUUGCUUACUGUCUCUGACACUGGUAUAGGCAUGUCGAAGAAGUUUCAGAACGAUCGUCUGUUCCAUGACUUUUCUCAAGAAGAUACAAUGUCCGAUGGUUUAGGCCUUGGUCUGCACAUGGUCUCGCGGAUAGUAUAUGCAAUGGGUGGCAGGAUCGAAGUCGUAAGCAAUGGAAAAGGCACAGGCACUUGUGUCACUGUACUUGUGCCCUUAGAGCAUAGCCAGAAAAGUUCGCAUCGCAGUGACUCUUGGGACAAGGAAAUUGUAACUUCCCCAAAUGUCUUUGGAGUUCUAAAGGUCGGUCUUGUCACAGGGACAGAAGUUCCAACAGAUUUUGAGAAUUCUUCGACAACAGAACUAUCUUCAUUAGCGAUCGCUUCUGUCGAAAACAAUCUCAAGUUCAUGGGCGUACAUUUCGAGCGAUGCAAGUGGCGAAGCGUCAAUUCAUACGACCUGAUACUCGUCAUGGAAGCUGAACUAGCUGGAUGCCUCGCGGCACUACGAAACAGCAGUGCUGCGGAUGAUCUCCAUGCAAAGAAUGCCGACGGUCUUGCACCUGUGCUGGUUAUAUGCAACCAUAAUCCAAGUGCACGGAUGCUACGAGACUCGUGGGCAACGGACGAUCUCCGGUCUUAUGUAACCAUGGAACAUGUUGCUCUACCAUGUGGCAUCAAACAGAUCACUCAAGCGAUCUCGUCCGCUUUACGUCAGCACGAGAAGCUUAAGAUGGCACGUUUGGACAUAGUAGAAGCUUAUCAAGAGUCUAGAAGGGAGAGCUCUGCAGACAGUGUGGCACUAUGUGACAUCAAGACUCAGAGUCAACCCCAACUGCGAUCGUUUGCUCCAGUAAGGGCGACGACUAAUAUCACUUUUGUAGAGCAGGCCUGGGCUGAUUCAACGCGGUCGACUGAUAAGUCAGCACAUGUGCUUCCAGUACAUUCGUUGCCAAAAGAUGCUCAGCUUUUCUCCUCAUCGAGCCAUCGCAUAUCGGCCCCCCAGACUGGUCUGGAUUCACAGGCUGCACAGAAUUUGGGACCGGGUACCCCUUCAACCGAAGUCACAUCUGCACUCGGACUUCCUACCCAAAUUCCAAUCUUACUACUUGUCGAUGACAACGACAUCAAUCUCAAGCUUCUCUCUACCUUCGCUAAGAAGUACAAGUACUCGCAUAUCCUCGCACAGAACGGCCAGCUUGCUCUUGACGCUUUCGAGAACGCUCACAGAAAUCUCAGCUCGUGUAACAGCAACGAGGCGGAAAACGUCCGCAUAGUAAGAACCGGCAUGCCAAAUACAAUCAUUAUGGACAUCAACAUGCCUGUCAUGGACGGUUAUGAAGCCGUUCAGCGGAUCCGCUCUUACGAGAAAAAGCAUCGUUUAACGCCAUCCAAGAUAAUUGCUGUAACUGCUUUACAGUCGGAGGCUGCACGAGUCGAGGCGAUUGGUAGUGGCUUUAAUAUGUUCUUAAGCAAGCCGGUUAAACUGAAGGAUCUAGCGAAGCUUAUCCAAGUGGGUUGA